UUUAUACUCGUAAACAAAGUCAAAGUAAGAACUUGCAUGCCUUAAGUAUAUUUUGUUAUUUCAAUAUAAAGAAUUUAAAUAAAAAUGCUAUGAAGGCCAUCAUACCCAUACAGUCGGACAGUUAAGCCUUAUAUUAAUGAUUAAUAAAGAUGAAAAUGUGUAAGGUGGUAAAACACAACAUUCUACCAGUAGCUGUGUUAAAUAUGUAGGCAGACCAUAGUGAGGGCAGAUUUAAACUAGAACACGUUGAAAUGUUUUAGUUUUUUGUUUUUUUUAAACUACGUGCCGACAGUUCCAGAUUAUUUUUGUAUAAUUCUGCUCUAUAAUGGUUCCUUUUAAUAUAUUAUCCUGCCAUUCUUUUGAAUAUUCUGGUGUUAAUGUGGUGGUGGUAUGUUUUUCAUUUAGGUUAAAAAAUAAUAAUUAUGUCAAUGUACUUCCGGGUCAGUUUGCCCUCUGCCCCGCACUUACAGCUAAGAGACUAUUUCACCGUUUCGCUCUCUUCUUCUUCUUCUUGUUCUUCGGGUUGACUGGAAGUACUUUUUUUCCAGAACUCAAAAGUAUUGCGCCAUUUUUCACCCAUGUCCAUUCACGGGGCUCCGUACAUUUGAGGGUGAAGCAGGUCGCUGUUUGUCAAUUUAUUUGAUUAAAUUGGGACGCGAGGAACGUGCAGAUGGAGGCGAUGCACUGUAUUUCACAUUGAAGAUGACAGAACAUAAGUAAAGUUUGUGUUGCUACACAGUCAUGGGUGGUACAGUGCAGAUUUCCAGAAGAGACAGUAUUCUGAGCUGUUGUGGAUGGUGGAGAUCAGACAUAAUGGUGUGCUAAAAUGGAGGGAACAGUCUGGGUGAGUCUCUGGAGAGGGGUGAGAGGGAGAGGACAAGGUGAAGGGUCGUGGCCGCAACUACGGGGAAACGGUCCAGCUGUCUCUUUAAAAAACGACAACAGCCCAAACUGCCCUCGGCCUCAGACCCGGCUAUGCUAAUGAGGUUAGUGCUGGUUGGCUGGCCCUCAAUGAAGCUGCCUGCUGAUUGGAGGCUGUGUGUGGGGGAGGGGCUGGGCGUGGAUGACAGCUGGGAUCCAGCCAGCCAAGAGCAGGCUGACAGAGAGAGAGAGGGAGAAAAAAAAAAAGAGCGAUAGAGGGAGAGCAAGGGGAGAGAGAGAGAGAGAGAGGAAGACAGGCUCACAGACUUCAUAAUGCAAGGUAUCCGACCCCCCAUCCUGAACGGGCCAAUGCACCCGCGGCCCCUGGUUGCCCUGCUGGACGGGCGCGACUGCACUGUGGAAAUGCCCAUCCUCAAAGAUGUGGCCACAGUGGCCUUCUGCGAUGCCCAGUCCACACAAGAGAUUCACGAGAAGGUGCUAAAUGAGGCCGUUGCUGCCCUGCUCUACCACACCAUCACUCUGUCCAGAGAUGAUUUGGAAAAGUUUAAAGGCCUUCGUGUCAUUGUCAGGAUUGGCUCGGGCUUCGACAACGUCGACAUCAAAGCAGCUGCCGAGCUAGGCAUUGCCGUCUGUAACGUGCCAGCAUCGUCUGUGGAGGAGACGGCCGACACUUCGCUAUGUCUGAUCCUCAACCUGUACAGGCGAGUCACCUGGAUGCACCAGGCCCUCCGGGAGGGAACCCGGGCCUCCAGUGUGGAGCAGAUCAGGGAGGUAGCUGGCGGAGCUGCUCGCAUCCGGGGGGAGACGCUGGGCAUCAUCGGUCUAGGACGUGUCGGCCAAGCCGUGGCUCUGCGGGCUAAGGCCUUUGGAUUCGGCGUGAUCUUCUAUGACCCGUACCUGCCUGAUGGCGUGGAGCGCUCACUGGGCCUGCAGCGCAUGGCCACUCUGCAGGACCUGCUCAUCCACUCUGACUGCGUAUCCCUGCACUGCAGCCUCAACGAGCACAACCACCACCUCAUUAACGACUUCACCAUCAAACAGAUGCGUCAGGGAGCCUUCCUGGUGAACACGUCAAGAGGCGGUCUGGUUGACGAGAAAGCACUGGCUCAGGCCCUGAAAGAGGGCCGGAUACGAGGGGCUGCCCUGGACGUCCAUGAGACGGAACCUUUCAGUUUUUCAACAGGGCCUCUGAAGGACGCCCCCAAUUUAAUCUGUACCCCGCACACAUCCUGGUACAGUGAGCAGGCCUCCGUGGAGGCUCGCGAGGAGGCAGCCAGGGAGGUUCGCCGCGCCAUCACCGGACGAAUCCCCGACAGUCUGAAGAACUGCGUUAAUAAGGAGUAUCUGAUGGCAGCCUCUCAGUGGCCCAGCAUGGAGGCCGCCACCGUUCACCCAGAACUUAAUGGAGCCACUUACAGAUUCCCUCCAGGUCUGAUCAACGUUGCAGCAGUAGGGGGUCUCCCGGGAGCUGUUGCAGGGGUUGAAAGCCUCGUUUCAGGAACCCUGUCACACGGCAUCACCCCCGUCUCUCACCCCCCUCACGCCCCUUCCCCUAAUAAGGCCGAAGCCGACAGAGACAUCCCCUCUGACCAAUAGCCCCCCCUGCUGCCACCAGCACAUUCCGUCGCCUCUGGAACCCCCCCCUCCCCCAGCAUCAGACACAGCCCGCCCCUCCAGUACAUCGGCAGCGCCAGUUUGACCUGAUGUGGAUCUACACAGUCUUGUUCCUCAGAUCACAUAACCAGCCCAGGAGUGACCUAUCCACAGCUAGCCCCAUCCCACCCACACCCUCAGAACACACACACACAUCCCUCCAUCCUCGUCAUCAUCUCACCCACCCACCCUACCUGCCAUCCCCCCCUCCCCCUCUCCCCCCUUCACUCCCCCACAAUAUCAGCAAUAACUGUGUUCUCAAGGAUUCAAUGAUUGGAUUGGUUUAUAUCCUUAGUUGGCUGUUGUUUUAAUGGAAAGUUGCCCUGUUGUGGUUCUAGGUGUUAAUGUUUGUUUGUUUGUAAAAAAAAAAAAAAAAAAAUUAUAUAGCAUUUCUGACAUGAGGCUUUACAGUCUGCUGCCUCCUGCAGUCCUGCAGGCAGAAAGGUUGAAGCCCCCUUUGUACAUUAAUGGCUCAUGUUACUGCUCUCUUCUUCUUCUUCUUCUUUUCUUCCUUUUUUUCUCCUCCCUCCACCUUUCUUGUGAUGGGGGAACAUGUGUACGAGAGUAAAGCAGACAGAAUCACCAACCGUACAUCCUGUCCUCCCCACCAGGCGUCGAGCGGCCCCUCAGCCCUGUUUGGCCCUUAGCUCCCCUUGGCACUGUCGUCCGCUGACUCAGCAGAGGGGUCUGUAAUGCAGUCAGUGUGGAGCUCUAUCGGACUGGAACGUUUUUUUGUAUCUGCUCAGCUCAUACUACCGAUAGUGAUACCCAAACAUCCUUCGUGACCUUUUUACCGGUGUGACCAUCUAAGUUUCAGGACAGUCAGCCCUGCAGUUACACAUGCUCUGCCCCUUACGGAUGGCUUCGUCACGAACAUGAUAGCAUCAUAUCAGAGAGCGCCUGGGCAUGACUUUCAUCUCAUGCUGGAAGUGGUGUGUGUGUGUGUGUGUGUGUGUGUGUGUGUGUGGGGGUGGGGGUGGGGGUGGGGGUGGGUGGGUCUUCACACAUUCUACCCACAAAGAAUCAAACGCAGCAGCCUUUUCUGGCUGGAGAACCUGAGAGCAUGGCAGCGGCCUCGCCAGCAGAGGGCGCUGUCCCCCUGCUCAGAGUGGUGUUGCUGAGCGUUAGCGGUUAGCUGUAGUGAUGAAGAACAGGAUCUCACACUGCCAACAUUCACAACACAGGAUGGGGGACCAGGGAUCGACUACCGCCUUAUUGUUUUUAUAAGAUCUCACUGCAUCCCACCACCACCACCCCUGCAUCCACCCACCCUCCACUCCUCUCACACCGUCAUGGCCCGCCCGACACCUGCUCAUCAACCAGUAUGCAUCCACCGAUUCCUUUAAGCGUGAGGGGACAGCAGAGUUUAGUUUCCCUGUAGGAGCAAGCGGACAGUGUUCUUGCAUGCUGGCUUUGUUAAUGACAGUGGUAUGUAUGUGUGUGUGUGUGUGUGUGGGGACAUGAGAGUGUGUGUGUGUGUCUGUUCCCUCACCCUGUUAUGAUAACAAGCUAUUGUCUUUCCAAAGGAAUAGUCCCAAGGAGUAACUCUUUAACGCUGUUGCCCUGGUGUCAAGGGAACACCUUUCUAGUACCUCAGUAACAGAUAUUGAAUGUACCGUGCAUACCCUUUUAUUUUUAUGUACAGAUUUUCUAGAUACUUCUUUACUAUUCUUUACCAGAAGGGUUGUGAAAUUGUAGCAGUAAUGAUACAAUAAAUUAAAAAAAGAAAAGCAUUGCCCCAUGAAAUGAAUUGACAAAAUCCUUUUCGGUUCGCUCUCGGUCACUGAAUACUCAGGCUUUGCGUAUCUCUUUGAUUUCUUCAUUGUGGAAAUUUCAGCACAAGGCUUUCCCGUUCUCAGACUUCAGACUAUAGUGGAUGUGUUUUGACCUCCAUCUUACUGGCUAUUGAAAAAGAAGGAAAAAACAAACGGCGGUCGUCGUGGUCUGCUAGUUUUUUUUUUUUUUUUGUUUGUUUUUACUAGAACAGUAAUAGAUGCAGUUUUGUUUUACUCCCCCCGCCUUCAUUGUCAGGCUGCUCUAUCUAUAGUGCAUGUGAGGUAAUUCUUUAGGGGAAAUACUAUUGGCUUAAAGAAUUUGUGUCAUCCUGCUGUGUCCCUCCGCUCCUCGACCUUUUUCCCCCUCAAGAGUGUUUUCGACACGAGUUGCCAUUUGUGUCGUGGUCAGUUUCCAGUGAUGUACAUUUUCCCUCAGAGUCUAUGAGAGACACGGAGCAUGUCUGUGUCCUGAGAUGCUCGGCUCCUCUGUCAUGUGAUGAGUAUAUAUUUUUAAAAAUAACCCCCAUAGUUCGGAAUAUGAGCAUAAUAGUAAUCUUAAAUUUUGCUGUUGAUGAUGAUGAUUAUAUAUAUAUUUUUCGGUUCAGCAGUGCACUGUUAUGAAAAGCAUUCUGUUUUAUUGUAGGAUUUCAUUUUUAUGGAUAUGCUGUCUGUGUUCUACAUGUUGUACUGAAACAUUUCGGAGAAAAAACAAGAGAUCCCUCUACUGGUGAUUUUUUAUUUUUUUUUUUUUAUUUUUUUUUUUAAAUAUUAUUUGUCUUAUCCCAACUGUGUUUUCCAGCUGAUAUCCUCUGGGCCUUACUUAUUCUGUCCCUGUAAAAAUAGCUGUUAUAGAAAGUCGCCAUGGAACCACUCACUGCCUUAAUCCAGUCGACCACAGUAGGUGAAGUCAGGAGACGCAUCCAGUCGAAAAGAACGGGCCACAAUCAGGGCUGCUCCGCAGAACGCUCCUCACACACCGGCAGGUCUAAAUCUGCAGCACGUUGCAUUUCUUUUGUCACUGAUGAACCGCAUUUAAGCCUCGUUUUGGGCUCAAACACAAACAUUCAGUGUGAUGUCUUACUGCGCAUUGAUAAGAUGUUAUGGUUUUUUUCUUCUUCUUUUUUUAAACUUUUGAAUAGUUCAAGUCAGCCCGGUACCGUGUUUGUGCGCCGGCUAACAUAAGCACAGUGUGUAUGCUCACAAAGCCGCAGCUGAUAUUUCACUCUUGGGUGUGAGAAUGCCUCCCCACCCACUACUACCACUCUGGGGCUCUUAAAGCAUCUUUUCACUGUGCUGCCAGAGCCCCAGUGGGGAGGGGGAGGGGGGCAUAGCGGACACUGGUGUGGUCUGUCAAAAAAAAAAAAAAAGCAGAAAAUUACGAUGAGAAUCGGUCACUUUUUCUCUCUCAGGGUUCAAAUGCACACAUAUCCUCCAGCGGUUGCCCUCUGUCUCAUGUCCCUUGUACCAAGUUUUCUGCCCCCAGAAUGUAGAACAGCCUCCUGCGUUUUUAGAAGCCGCUCUCUCCUCGUUCCCCCUUUUGUGCACAGGUCUGAACUUAUUGUUUUCUGUUUUGCUUUCUAUCGGCACUGACAUCUAACCAUCUAACAAGGAAUGAAUGAAUGAAUGUUUGGAAGUGACUGUGUAAUGUUAAAAUUGGGAAAUGUAUUUUUACAACAUGUGAACAUUUUUUUCCACUCACUCUGUGUGAAUUUAUUUUAUUUUUUUUUCUUUCACCAGACUGCAAAAAAAAAAAAGAAAAAAAAAAAAGGUUCUCCUGUAACUAGGCUCUUAAGCUUUAUUUUUGUUUUGUUUACUUUUUUAUUAGAAACAAUCAUGUUUGUGAUGGUAACUUCCGAUGGUAAACUCCACACCGUAUUUUAAUAAAAUCUUAAAAAUUAAA